GUAAUGACGUUGACGCGACUGGUGAGUUCCAGGAUGAAGAAACGGUUUGGCUGGUGCGGGUCGUUGCUUUGUGGAGGACAGAAAGUUCAGCUAGCGUUAGCCACACCGAGGAACAAACGCUGACACUAAAAUAAAAUUGAACUACAACGGGGGAUGAGCCGCCAGCGGGAGCACCGGGGCAUCCGUGUGGACCGGUCGGAACUCCAGUGCAGGAAAGGAUGCGGUUACUACGGCAACGCGGCCUGGCAGGGCCUCUGCUCCAAGUGCUACAGAGAGGAGCACCAGCAGGCCCGGCAGAGACAGAUAGAGGAGGACUGGGCGCUGGCAGAGAGGCUGCAGAGGGAGGAGGAAGCGGCCUACGCCAGCAGUAAGACUGCAUCCCCCAGGCCCUCUCUCGCCCCCCUCCCCCAGCCCGAGGACAGGAAGUCCAGCACCGUCACCACAGUCAAGAAGUUCUUCAGCCCAUCGCUACGGACAACCCCACCCAGGAAAGAGAGCCUGGGGGGGCGCACCCCCACCCCCAGCAGCAGCAGACCGCCCGGCUCAGCCACCGACCGCGCCACGCGUGACUUCAUCGACUUCCUCCGGCCGCUGCAGAAGCUCGGCCAGGAGGUCUACCAGCAGAGCCAGACUUUCACUGAGAGCGCCGCACGCAAACAGACCCGGAGCCCAGAGGAGCUCUCAGAGGGUGUGCAGGAUUUCUACCAGAGCCUGUCUGACCGACUGCUCUCACACUUUAAAGGGUCCACAGACAGCGUGGAGCGGGUGAUGGAGCAGGUGGAGAAGUAUGUGAUGACUCGUCUGCACAAGGCUGCCUUGUGUCCAGUGACUGCGGAGGACAAGCGCAAGGACCUGGCUCUGCGCAGGAGGAUUCAGGAUCUGCACUGGGUCUCUGUUGAGAUGCUGUGUGCUCCGGUGGAUGAGGAGGUUGCUGAGGUGUCUGACUGUGUGGUGAAAGCCAUCACAGAUCUAAUGGAGAUGGACUCCAGGUGUGUUCCGUCGGAGAAGCUGACCUGCGUGACGCGCUGCAGCAAACGCAUCAUCCACGCCGUCAAGGUGACCAAGCGGCAGCCGGCCUCAGCCGACGACUUCCUGCCGGCCCUCAUCUACACAGUGCUGCGCUCCAACCCCCCCAGACUGCAGUCCAACAUCCAGCACAUCACCCGCUUCUGCCACCCCAGCCGCCUCAUGAAGGGGGAGGACGGGUACUACUUCACUAACCUGUGUUGCGCUGUGACCUUCAUUGAGAAGAUGGACGCCCAGUCCCUGAACAUGAGCGCGGAGGAGUUUGAGUGGCACAUGUCAGGGCAGCCGUCUCCUGGCAGGUCGGCCCCAGCCCCCGCCCCGGGGCCGGAGCCGGGGGGGCAGGCCAGCGGCGAGCUGGACCUGCUGGGGGGGCUGAGCCUGCAGCAGGACCGGCUGCUGGACGGGGCCCGUAAGAUGGAGGCCGACCUGAUCGACUGGCAGUCCAGCGUGGAGCACCAGGUCCACGAUUUCCUGGACCAGCGCCCUCUGGAAACCCCGCCCACCACCUCCAGCCCCGCCCCCGGCCCCGCCUCCAGCGGCACCAACUCCAGCUCUGCCAUCGACUCGGACAAUGUGGACACCGAGAGACUGCCCCCCCCUCUGCAGCCACAGGUCUUUGCUGGCUGACCCCUUCCCCUCUGACCCCCCCACCCCUCCUCCGCCCUCCCCUCUUUUUCUGGGUUCGGCACCGCCAGCACCCCGUGACCCUUGACCCCUCUCGCCAGGGGGACAUAAACAAGUCUCUUAAGCCACUCAGUGUUUCUGUCUGUGAUCCCCCCCCCCCCAAGUUCAGUCCCUUUACCCUCUAACGCACACACAUGCACACUACACACGCACAAUCACACACACACA